AUGGUCGGUGAAAUGUCCCUUGGGGCGUUCGUUCAGACCAUUCUCUUCCACUUGGCGCCCGUCCUGUGUGUCUUCUUGCUCCUCACUUGGCGGCGCUCCAGUGUCCCAGCCAGUAUGAGGAAAGAGGCCAACAUCUCAGAGAGAUCUCCGCCCGUUCGUUUGACUCUUCGUUUCCGCCACAUUCCGAACAGAAUCAACGAAGCCGCUUUUCGACGAGCUGUGGGAGGACACGAGGACGAAAGCAUUAUCGGAAUGUCAUGGACCCCAUCAACGAUUGGAGCAUCGCACGUUUCAACAGUUUGCUUCGCCAAGAAGGCUUCCUUCCUUGACAAGAUUUGGCAGAAGAAGGAUCAAGUCGACUGCACCAUCAACCUCACGUCUGACGGCGACACGUUCGAUGUUGCGGUGGAUGAUCAUUUCUUCGACUUGACCCCUUUGCACUGGCCAGAGCGCUGGGAUAUCGAGUGCGUGCCUUGCCCAUUAUAA